UAUGGCUAAAUCCUCAAGAUAUAAGAAACAGUCCAUGUAAUUUUAAUAUAGUUACUAUCAAAAUGGGUCUCUCGAUUAUAAUUUUUUGUUUAUUAGUCAUCACCCAAAACGGCUUAUCACUCGAUACCGAAAUCAAGAGCAAAAUUAUAAAUGAAUUAUUGUCAGUUCAUGACACAUCCCAAAGUCAAAUUUUAACCAAACUUGUCGAAGCCAAAGGCAACGAUCAAGCCAUAAUCGAUGGAAUCAAUUCAGAAUUGAAGGAAAAUCUCCUACACAAAGACGGUGAUUUAGUUAAAAUCAAGACCCAAGUUUUAAAAAAAUUACUCGCGAAAUCGACUGAAGGACUAACUUCGAAAUGGUCCAAAAGUCCUGCAUUAGCAUCUGUUUUAAGGGAGGCCAUUGAUCAAGGGCUUAAAAAUGACGAUUUGGAAAUUUGGGCUGAGGAAAAUGCAAUACCGGUUAAAAAUUUAGUCAAUUUCGAUAGGAAAAAGCGUUCAUUGGAAAAUAGUACAGAAGUUGAACCAUUGAACGUAGUAUUUGACACAAUUAGAGGACUCUUGUCUUUUAUUACAAGCCCCAUUAAUGCCCUUGUAAAAACUAUACUAAAAACAGUGCUAGAAAGUAUUUAUCCCACAAUCGGAUUUUUAGUCUUAACACCAGUGAGGGUUAUAUUAAACACAAUUCUUGAUUUGUUACUUCCGUGUAAUAAUUGUACUGCGUUGUAAUUAAUAAAUUUGAAACUUGAA